UCAUUGUCUGUUCCACUUGUACCAAAAUCCUAAGUCCUAAAAUAUCUGGUUUUUUUUUGUCUCUGGAAAAUGCUAAGUGGAGGCGCAGCCAUAUGCAACAUGAGGAAGACAUGGUUAUGGUUUUCUCUUCUCACCCUCUUCUUCUCUUUCCACACCUACCCUUCCCUUGCAGCACCUCUCACCACCAUCUCUGCAAACCAAUCUCUCUCAGGUGACCAAACUCUGCUAUCUCAAGGUGGGAUCUUUGAACUGGGUUUCUUCAAGCCAGGUAAUUCCUCUAACUACUACAUAGGCACGUGGUACAAAAAGGUCACUCAACAGACAAUUGUUUGGGUAGCUAACAGAGACCACCCUGUCUCUGACAAGAAUAAUGCCACGUUAACAUUAUCAGAUGGUAAUUUAGUUCUCUUAGAUGGGUCUUCAAAUCAAGUUUGGUCAACAAAUUUGAGUAUGAGUUCUCCUAGGCCAGGUUCUGUUGUAGCUGUACUCCUAGAUACUGGGAAUCUCAUCUUGAGAGAUAGGCCUAAUGAAACAUCAGAUUUUCUAUGGCAGAGUUUUGAUCAUCCAACAGAUACAUGGCUUCCAGGUGGCAAAAUUAAACUUGAUAAUAAAACAAAGAAGCCUCAAUAUCUCACUUCAUGGAAGAAUAAUCAAGAUCCUGCAACGGGUCUCUUUUCUCUUGAACUAGACCCUAAAGGAACCACUUCAUAUCUUAUUCUUUGGAAUAAAUCUGAAGAGUAUUGGACAAGUGGCCCUUGGAAUGGACACAUUUUCAGCCUGGUACCCGAAAUGAGGGCAAAUUAUAUAUACAAUUUCACAUUUGUGACAAACGAGAACGAGAGUUAUUUCACCUACUCCAUGUAUAACUCUUCCAUUAUAUCUCGGUUUGUUAUGGAUAUCUCGGGGCAGAUCAAGCAACUCUCGUGGUUGGAUAAUACUCAACAAUGGAAUUUGUUUUGGUCACAGCCAAGACGACAGUGUGAAGUUUAUGCUUUCUGCGGUGCAUUUGGGAGCUGCACUGAGUAUUCAAUGCCAUUCUGUAACUGUUUAACUGGUUUUCAGCCCAAGUCACAAUCUGACUGGGAUCUAGGGGAUCACUCAGGUGGGUGUAAGAGGAAAACCAAUUUGCAAUGCGGGAAUUCCAAUCCUUCUAAUAGGGAUAAGGAUAGGUUCUUAGCAAUCCCCAACAUGGCAUUACCUAAACAUGCACAAUCUGUGGGAUCAGGGAAUGUUGGGGAAUGUGAAUCAACCUGCUUGAACAACUGCUCCUGCAUUGCUUAUGCAUAUGGCAGUAAUGGGUGUUCAAUUUGGAAUGGAGACCUACUGAAUCUGCAACAACUAUCUUCAGAUGAUAGUAGAGGAGAAACUAUGUAUCUCAAACUUGCAGCAUCCGAGUUUCAUGAUGCUAAAAAGAGUAACGGGAAGAUUAUAGGUGUUGUUGUGGGGGCUGUUGUUGGCAUAGGUGUUGUCCUGGCCCUUCUUUUAUUUGUCAUGAUUAGGCGAAGGAGAAUGGUUGGAACAGGAAAGCCUGUGGAGGGUUCAUUGGUGGCAUUUGGGUACAGAGAUUUGCAAAAUGCAACAAAGAAUUUCUCUGAUAAAUUGGGAGGAGGAGGUUUUGGUUCUGUUUUCAAAGGAAUGUUGGGUGAUUCAAGUAUCAUAGCAGUGAAGAAGUUGGAAAGCAUUAGCCAAGGAGAGAAGCAGUUCCGAACAGAAGUUAGUACAAUAGGGACAAUACAACAUGUUAAUCUCGUUCGGCUUCGUGGAUUCUGCUCCGAAGGUGCCCAAAAGCUUCUGGUUUAUGAUUACAUGCCAAAUCGCUCCUUGGAAUUCCAUCUAUUCCAGAACAAGAACUCUGGGGUGUUGGAAUGGAAAAUGAGAUACCAAAUUGCUCUUGGAGUAGCAAGGGGAUUAACUUACCUCCAUGAGAAGUGCAGAGACUGUAUUAUACACUGCGAUGUAAAGCCAGAAAACAUUCUCUUAGAUGCUGAGUAUUGUCCAAAAGUUGCAGACUUUGGGCUUGCAAAGCUAAUUGGGAGGGAUUUCAGCAGGGUCCUCACAACCAUGAGAGGAACAAGAGGUUAUCUUGCACCAGAGUGGAUUUCUGGGGUGGCUAUCACAGCUAAAGCUGAUGUCUACAGCUAUGGAAUGAUGCUUUUUGAGUUUGUGUCAGGUAGGAGAAACUCUGAGCCUUCAGAAGAUGGCAAAGUUACGUUUUUUCCUACCUGCGCUGCAAACCUUGUUAUCCAAGGUGGCAGUGUCCUUAGCCUUUUGGACCCUUUGUUGCAGGGAAAUGCUGAUAUUGAAGAGGUCACUAGAAUAAUUAAAGUUGCUUCUUGGUGUGUCCAAGACAAUGAAACUCACCGGCCAACCAUGGGUCAGGUAGUUCAAAUUCUUGAGGGGAUCUUGGAGGUGACUUUGCCUCCAAUUCCAAGAUCCCUUCAAGUGUUUGGUGACAAUCAGGAGAACUUAGUUUUCUUCACAGACUCAAGCUCAACCCAGAGUUCACAGGUAAAGAGCAACGUCUCAACAAUCUCCUCCCAAGCCAAAAGCAACAUCUCAUCAGCAAGCUCCAAGUCCUCAGGAGGAAAUUAGAAACAAGUUUAGUUGUCUCUCUGUCUCUCUUUUUAUUUGUUACUGAUAAAACAAUAAGUCAUCUUCUGAUAUUUACGAAUAAUUGUAUUAUAUGGUUUGAAUCAUGAGAUUAUGUU